AUGUUUGUGGCCAUUUUCGGCCUGAAGGGGGCCCUCGCCGGGCCCGGAGAUCGUCACAGAACGGCUCGGCAUGGACAGCGGGCCCCAGGGAGGGGCUGUCGGGUUUUCGUGGGCGGCGAGAUGACAAACAUCAAUCGUCAAGGGUUGCCCCCCCCCGCCGCCGCUCCGGGAGCGGCGGCGCGCCUGGCCGCCGAGUGCGACGCGGAUCUCGGCGAGCAGCUCGCGGACCACUCGGUCGAUCACGACGCGGAGGCCCAGGAGAGCUUCGACGACAAGGAGUUCGAGGGCCAGGGCGCGAAGGAGUACGCUGACUUGGACAUCGGGGGCGUUGGCGCGGAUUCGCAGGAGGGGUCGCUUGUGGAGCAUUGGGCGCACAUCGACGCCUUCUGCAAGCACGAGGCCGAUCUCGCGACGAUGCGCAAGCUGCUGGAAGAGAUGGCCGAGGAGGUCAUGGAGUCCCGCAGCUCCGCGUGGUCCCUCAAGUCCCAGAAGCACGCACUGGAGCAGAUCGUGUGCGACGCGGAACUCGGCGCGGAGGCGCGGUGCCAGGCGGCGCACGGCGGGAUGCUCAACGAGAGCGGGUUCGAGGCAGAGCUCGUGACGACGCGCAAGCUGCUGGACGAAAUGGCAAUGGAGGUCAUGGAGACUAGCAGCAUCGCGCGGUCCACCAAGCACCAGAAGCAGGACGAGUUCGAGGACGGGGUUAACAACGAGCGCGGCUUCGAGAAGUCCGUGCCGAAGGUGGCAGAGGAGCUCGAGGAGAAGAGCGGGAAGGCACUGUGCUGGCGCCCCGCGGUAGGCGAUCGCGUCUGCCUUCCCGACGGGCGCGUGGGGGUGCUGUAUGCUCCUGACCGCAACGCCGAGCCCGACGAAGACGGCCUGCUGUGCGUGCUCGUUGGCAGCCGUCGGAGGGGCUGCGUUUUCACGGCCCCCGCCGACGCAGUGCGACCCCCGCCACCCUCGACGACCUGA